GCGUCCUCGGUGAGAAGCCCAGAACCCUUUCGUGCUCGACGAGGAGGCAACCCGCGGCGCCAUGACGGACCGCUACACCAUCCACAGCCAGCUGGAGCACCUGCAGUCCAAGUACAUCGGCACGGGCCACGCCGACACCACCAAGUGGGAGUGGCUGGUGAACCAGCACCGCGACUCCUACUGCUCCUACAUGGGCCACUUCGACCUGCUCAACUACUUCGCCAUCGCCGAGAACGAGAGCAAGGCGCGGGUGCGCUUCAACCUCAUGGAGAAGAUGCUGCAGCCCUGCGGCCCGCCCGCCGACAAGCCUGAGGAGAACUGAGCCUGCACUCGG